UAUUCGAUCACUGACUGGCAAGGUGUAGAGAGAGGAAGGUUGGUAUUGGAGCGCCUUCUCCCUGCUCUGGCAGAUCAUCCUUUCAAUGUGCCAGUGCCUGCUGUCUCUCCACUGCCUGAGAUAGAGGGGUCUCCUUGUACCUACUCCACCGAACUGUCUAGGGAGCUCCUGUGCUGAGAAGAUGCACCGCUCCAUGCUCGAGGGCUUCCUGUUGCUCGCCUGUCUCAGUGUAACCAACGGCGUGAGGCCCAACAAGAGACAAACUUACAACGCGCCUACCCAGAACCAAAAUUCUUGCUAUGACAACGGGAAGGUUUACCAGAUCAACCAGCAGUGGGAACGCACCUAUCUGGGUCGAGUGAUGAUAUGUACCUGUUAUGGCGCAGGUCGCGGCUGGAAUUGUGAAUCCAAGCCUGAUGUGGAGGAGAUGUGCUUCGAUCAGUACACUGGUAACAGGCAGCGUGUCGGUGACACCUGGGAGCGCCCGAAGGACGGUAUGAUCUGGGACUGCACCUGCAUCGGAGCGGGCAGGGGCAGGAUCAGCUGCACCAUCGCAAAUCGGUGCCACGAGGGCGGCCAAUCCUACAAAAUUGGAGAUACCUGGAGGAGACCUCAUGAGACGGGUGGCCACAUGCUGGAGUGUGUCUGCCUUGGAAACGGGAAAGGAGAAUGGACCUGCAAACCAAUAGCGGAAAGGUGCUAUGACAAUGUGGCUGGGACUACCCAUGUUGUUGGAGAGACUUGGGAAAGGCCGUACCAAGGCUGGAUGAUGAUAGAGUGCACCUGUCUGGGAGAAGGCAAUGGACGCAUCACUUGCAGUUCGCGAAACCGAUGCAACGACCAGGAUACCCGGACGUCCUACAGAAUUGGUGACACUUGGACCAAAGCAGAUAACAGGGGAGGCCUUCUUCACUGCACCUGCUUUGGCAAAGGCCGUGGAGAGUGGGAAUGUGAACGCCACACAACUGUAACAUCAACAGCUAUUGAUAAUAGCAAUCAGGGGCGCCGGCACCCUGUUCCGGCAGUUUACCAGAAGCAGUGUAUGAGUGAUGGAGGCAUUUUGUACUCUGAUGAGAUGCAGUGGCUGAAGAUGCAAGGGAACAACCGAAUGCUGUGCAAAUGCCUGGGCAGCGGCGUCAGCUGUCAGGAGUUGUUAAAGCACACUUACUACGGAGGGAAUGCAGAUGGAGCUCCCUGUGUGUUUCCCUUCACCUUCAUGGGAAAGACCUACCACGCCUGCACCACAGAUGGACGGCAAGAUGGCAAAUUCUGGUGCAGCACCAGCGCGGACUUUGACAAUGGCCGCACUUACUCCUUCUGCAACCAGCAGGCCUCCAACUACGUCCAGACGAGAGGAGGGAACUCGAACGGUGCCCUGUGCCACUUCCCCUACUUGUACAACAAACAGAACUACACUGCCUGCACAUCAGACGGCAGGAAGGAUGGCAUGAAGUGGUGUGGGACAACUGCUAACUACGACAGCGAUGGGAAGUUUGGCUUCUGCCCAAUGGCAGAACAUGAAGAAGUGUGCACCACCCAGGAGGGGGUCAUGUAUCACGUUGGAGACCAGUGGGACAAACGCCAUGACCAGGGCCACAUGAUGAGAUGCACGUGUGAUGGAAAUGGCCGUGGGGAGUGGAGCUGCAUUUCAUACACUCAGCUGCGAGACCAGUGCGUGGUGGACGGAGUAACGUAUGAUGUGAACCAGAGGUUUAACAAGCUGCACGAACAGGGUUACCAGAUGAACUGCACCUGCUUUGGGCAAGGCCGAGGACGGUGGAAGUGUGACGCCAUUGAUCAGUGCCAGGACACCGAGACAGGCCAGUUUUACCAGAUCGGUGACUCGUUUCCCAAGUAUCUCAACGGCAUCCAUUACUUGUGCCAGUGCCAUGGCCGGGGAGUUGGUGAAUGGACCUGUGAACCAGAGAACUCGGAGAGAGGAACUGGACCUGUGCAAGUGAUAAUCACAGAGAUGGGGAACCUGACCAAUUCACAUCCUAUUAAAUGGAGCGCACCAGACUCUGUUCACUUCAGGAGCUACAUCCUGCGCUGGAGGCCUAAAAACUCAAGGAUCCAGUGGCGCAGCGUGACCAUUCCGGGCAACAUGCACUCCUACACCAUCGAUGGCCUGAAAACAGGCCUCAUCUAUGAAGGCCAACUGAUCAGCAUCACACGCUAUGGCCGGCGAGACGUCAUCCCAUUCGAAUUCUCAACUUCUGUUGCACCUCCAACUGACUAUCCAGGCGUUACAGAUGUGCGUGAUGUGCAGGACCGAAUUAUUGAAACAUCGGACUCCGAAUCCAUCACAGAGGUCACCUCCAGCAGUUUCGUUGUGUCCUGGUCAUCUGCCUCUAACAUGGUGUCAGGCUUCCGGAUCAAAUACGAGCUGAGUGAGGAUGAUGCUCAGCCCCAGUACCUGGAUGUUGCAAGCACAGCCACAUCUGUUACCAUUCCCAAUCUGCUGCCAGGGCGCAAAUACAUUGUGAAUGUUUACGAAAUUUCUGAAGAUGGAGAAAAACUGAUUCUAAGAAAGACGCCCACGACAGCACCGGACACUCCCACUGAUUACAAUGUGGACAAAGUGGAUGAAUCCUCCAUUACUAUCAGUUGGUCCAGUCCUCAAGCCCCCAUCACAGGCUAUCGGGUGGUGUACACACCGUCUGUGGAAGGAGCCAGCACGGAGAUCAUUCUGCCCAGUACCACCACCAACCUGACCCUCAGCGACCUCUCCCCCGGCGUCCUAUAUAACAUCAGCAUCUACGCUGUGGAAGAGAACCAGGAAAGCGUCCCUCUGGUCAUCCAGAAGACUACACUGGGUGAACCACACCCAGUUGUCGUCCAGCCUCCUUCAAGCCUGCAGUUCAUUGACGUCACCGAGACCAAGAUUACCAUCACGUGGACCCCGCCGAUCGGCAAGAUCACGGGCUACCGGGUCACGGUUCAGCCAGUUAGUGAGCAGGGCAUGUCGUCCAUCAGGCUGCCUAUUUCCAGGAAUCACUACGCUGAGCUCACCAACCUGUUCCCAGGGACUACCUACCGCUUCUAUGUGUAUGCAGUGGACAAGGGUAUAGAGAGCACCCCGCUGGUCGGGGAGCAAGCCACCAAACUUGACGCUCCAACCAGCCUGGACUUCAGAAACAUCACAGAAACCUCAGCGACAGUGAUCUGGACCCCUCCCAGAGGCAAGAUUACCAACUACAUCCUGGCUUGGCACCCGACGACCACCAACCAACCCAAAACUCUGAAUCUCCGGCCGAGUGUCACACGCCGACAGCUGACUAAGCUGCAGCCUGGGACCGAGUACAUUGUGUUUCUCACAGCAAUCCGAGGCCAUCUUCAGAGCGCGAGGGUUCACAAAAUUCUGACGACUUCAGAGGCAGUGGGGCCAAUACCCCACUACACCACUGACGUGACAGACACAACGAUUACAGUCCGUUGGACACCCACUCACAGCGUAUCGUUCAAGGUCAAAGUUUGGCCGUCCCAAGGAGGAGAAUCUCCUCGUGAAUUAACCACGGACUCCGGAACUAUCAUGUUCACCAGCUUGACCCCUGGCACAGAGUACACCAUUUCCAUUACAGUGCUGGUGAAUGACGAGGAACAGGACACCGCCCUCGUCAAGAAUGUUGUUACUGAAAUUGCCCCGCCCACCAAUCUGCAAGUCCACUCGAAUCCAGCCACCGGGCAGAUGACACUGACUUGGCAAGCAGGAUCGACACCAGGUAUCAGUGGCUAUCGGGUAUCCUGUACUCCAACAGAAGGUCAACAUGGUAACCUGGUGGAAGAGGUCGUCGAACAGACAUAUUGGAACAUAGAGAACCUGAGUCCUGGCAUCGAAUACCUCAUCAGUGUUUAUGCCCUCAAGGAUGACAAGGAAAGUGUUCCGGUAUCCACAGUGAUAACCCAAGAAAUCCCCCAACUCACUGACCUCACCUUCGUUGACGUAAGUGACUCGACCAUCGGCUUGAGGUGGACGCCACUUAAUCUUUCGGCCAUUACUGGCUACCGCAUCACUGUCCUGGCGGCGGGGGAGUCCGUUCCCAUUUUUGAAGACUUUGUGAGUGCGUCGACGGGAUACUAUACUGUGCAAGGCCUGGAACCCGGAAUAGAUUACGACAUCAGUGUUAUCACCCUGAUAGAGGGUGGCCAGAGUAUUGCAACCACUCGGAAACAGCAAACCGCGGUACCGUCUCCCACUGACCUGCGCUUCACCCACGUGCAGGCAGACACCAUGAGGAUCAUCUGGUCUCCACCAGACUCUGUCGACCUCAGCAACUUCAUUGUGCGUUACAAGCCGUUGAGGGACCAGGACACCUUCACUAACCUCACCAUCCCUCCAACUGACAGCAUGGUUAUCCUGACAGGUCUCCUGCCUGCUACUACCUACCUAGUGAAGGUCUACUCCGUGAUUGACAAUAGGGAGAGUGCCCCGCUGACUGAAACCCAGACAACAGGUAUCGACUCUCCAACUGGCAUUGACUUCUCUGACAUUGCCACCAACUACUUCACCGUGCACUGGAUGCCACCCGUGGCCCCCGUCACUGGCUUCCGGGUGCACGUCCAGCCAGAGAAGGGGGGCAGGCCCAGGAUUGACAGGUUGCCGUCUUCCCACACCUCCCAUGUGCUGACCAACCUAAUCCCUGGCACUGAAUACAUCAUCAGCAUCUAUGCCAUGAGCGGCCGGAAGGAGAGCUUGCCUUUGGUUGGGCAUCAGUCCACCAUCUCCGAUGCGCCAACCAACUUGGAAUUCUCCCGGGCCACGCCUAAAAGCCUGACCAUCAGCUGGACCCCACCGCCUGUGACCGUCAAAUUCUACCGGAUUACCUUCAAAGAGACUGAAGGCGAAGGGCCCAGGAGGGAGAUGACAGUGUCGGGAGCAGACUCAUCAGUCACCAUCACCAACCUCCGCCCAGACACCGAAUACACCGUCACCGUGUCUGCCGUCACUGGCCGUGGCGACAGUCCGGCAUCCAGCAAACCUAUCGAGGGCUCUGAGAGGACAGAAAUUGACAUGCCAACUGCUCUGAAGGUGGACAAUGUGCAAGACCACAGCCUGACCGUCAGCUGGACCCCUCCCGUUUCACCGGUUAAGGGUUACAGAGUCACCAGCACGCCGAAGAAUGGGCAGGGCCCAAUCAUAUCCAAAAUGGUCCCCCCAGGUCAGAACCGACUGACCAUCGAGGGUUUGACGCCAACAGUGGAGUACCUGGUCAGUGUGUACGCUCUGGGAGAGCGCGGGGAGAGUCCGCCCCUCACCGAAACAGCAGUAACGACGCACACUGGCCGUCCCAAAGAACUGAUCUUCUCGGACGUGGAUGCAGAUUCCAUGCGGCUGGCAUGGGAGAAACCAAAGGGGAAGGUCACGGCCUACAGAGUAAUCUACUCCAGCCCCGAAGAUGGAGCCCGGGAGCUCAGGCCCAGCCCCAGCUCUAGGGAUGUUUCUGCUGAGCUGACUGGCCUGCGCCCGGGCACGGAAUACCAAGUGGAAGUGUACGCUGUAUACGACGGCAGAGAGAGCUCCCCUUUCAUGGGCAAACAGACUACAGCCAUUCCGCCACCGACUAACCUGGAGUUUGUGCAGGUGACUCCGACCAGUUUGACCAUUAGCUGGCACGCCCCUAAUGCCGAGCUGACUGGUUAUCGUGUGGUGGUGAAACCAAGGGAGAAGGCCGGUCCAAGCCAGCAGCUGACCAUUGGCCCCGAUAACACCAGUGCCACCAUCUCUGGUCUCAUGGUCGCCACUAAGUACAACAUCUUCAUUUAUGCAGUCAAGGACUCCAUGACCAGUCAGCCCUUGCAAGGCAUCAAAGCUACACUGGACGAUAUUAGCUCGCCGCGUCGGAUCUACAUCAGCGACGUGACGGAGACCAGCAUCACGCUGCAGUGGCGCACCAAGAUGGAGCCCAUCACCGGCUUCCAGAUCGAAGCUGUGACUGCUGGCAGUAGAAUCCCCAUUCAGAGGACACUGGGACCUGAUAGUCGCACCUACACCUUGACAGGCCUCAACCCCGGCACGGAGUACAAGAUCAGCAUCUACACCCUCAGCGGCAACUCUCGCAGUCCACCUGCCAUCGCCACAGCUCGAACGGCUAUUGAUUCUCCCUCCAAUCUCCGAUUCAUCUCUGUGACGGAAAACUCCAUGAUAUUCACCUGGCAGCGCCCCCGCGCGAAGGUCACGGGGUAUCACAUCACCUACCUCCCCAGGGGAGGCUACCCCAAGGAGCUUCGCCCUCAGCCAGGACCCAACACUCAAGAGGCGAUAAUCACAGGACUAAAGCCUGGAACCGAGUACAUUAUCAACAUUCGAGCUCUUCAGUACUCUCAACAGAGUGAACUGCUGACCGGGAGGAAGAGUACAGUUUCAGGAUCGGGUCAGGGCCACUGGACCUACCCAGUGCCUGUCGGGGCGAGCGAACGUGACAGCCAUAGGAGACCGCCCAUCCAUUUCAAGCCGAUCAACACCACAGUGGACCACCGGGAAGGCGAGGAUGUCAGUGAGACAGGGCACUAUGUCAUCACCCCCACCGUGCCCUCCCAUCAUGUAAAAUUCGUGGAAGAGAGUGGGCGGCAGCCAGACCACGCCGGCAGCCAUCCGCAUGGAAGGGACGUCUUGCAUACGUAUACCAUCUCCUGGAAUCCGGUUGCCGAUGCCAUUGAGUACCUGGUCUCGUGUUACCCUGCCGACAGUGACAAGCUAUUGCUUCAGGUGCGGGUACCAGGAACCGUAUCUUAUGCUGUGCUUCACGACCUGAAGCACGGGGAGCGGUACAAUGUAGUGGUGGAAGCUCUGAAUCACGACAGGAGAGAAACAAUACUGGAGGAAACCAUCACCGCCGAUCAGCAAUCUCCCACCCAACCAGAUCGGCUUGUCCCUUCACAGGAGUACUGCUAUGACGCCAUCACCAGGACCAACUACGCGGUUGGCGAGGAGUGGGAACGCAUGUCUGAGACCGGAUUCAAGCUGUGGUGCAUAUGCACAGGUUAUGGAAACGGUUAUUUCAAGUGUGACUCAUCUAAAUGGUGUCAUGAUGGUGGCAACAACUAUAAAGUGGGUGAGAAAUGGGAUCGACGGAAUGAAAAUGGACAAAUGGUCAGCUGCACUUGUCUGGGCAACAGGAAGGGAGAAUAUAAGUGUGAACCACAUGAAGCAUCAUGUUACGAUCAAGGGAACAUGUACAACGUGGGCGAACAGUGGCAGAAGGAGUACCUGGGUGCCAUUUGCUCAUGCACCUGCUUAGGAGGACACCAGGGCUGGCGCUGUGACAACUGCCGAAGGCCCACACUUGACACGACGGGAGAUGGACGCAAUUUCGCCAAGCCAACUACCAACAGGCCAAGGUAUGUGCAUUGCCCAGUGGAAUGCGGUGGCCCAAGGGAUGUUCUGGCCGACUCCCAGGGCCCGGAGUGAGACGGCAGAUGGUGAGAGCAGAGCUGUAGGCUUUGGACAUGAGCUGCCAGGCUGUGUUCCGAGCCCACCCAUCUACACUCUCCCAGCUUUCGCACUCGCAACCUCUCCGCUUCCUCCAACCUGUCCCGCCACAGCCUUACUGCCACAUCAGCGAGUGAACAGCAGCAGGAGCCAACGGCAACCAGAGACCUCGUGAAGAAAUUACAAGUUGGCCUAUAACCUGCGACUACAAUGAAAAAAAUCCAUCCAGCAACCCACUAAAGAGACCGGGCCUUUAUAAGCUACACAUGGAUUGCUAAUAAAUACACUGCCUUCUCUUCAAAUACCACAGGACUGUCCCUUCCCCAAGUGUCAAGUGAUCAAAGUUGUAAUUGUAUAACUGAACCAGCUGUUAUUUAUCAGUAUUUCCCCCCCUCCCCACCCCACCUCACCUCAAUGCAGUGUUGUUACUUUCUUUACUCUUAUACUUUUGAAUAAUCAAGGAUACAACUGCUGCCGGAAGAAUUUAAUUCUUUGCUCGUAUAUUUUCUGGGAUCAGUGACUGUUUUUAUAAGUGACUGCUUUUCUGACAAUGGAGAGAUGAACCUUGUUUUAAUAAAACUUUUAAACACCA